GUCCAACCUGGACACUCGAUGAUAAAAUCAAUCUAAGAAUAUUUUUCUUAUUAGUCAUAUGAUUUUGUCUAUUUUUGCCCGCUCAAUUUAUUCAAACCAGUUCAAACUAACUAUAAUAUAUAUUAUUCAUGAUGCAAGAAUCUUUUCAAUGAAAACACGACAUAACAGUACGGAUAUGUUCGUGCGUCACAGACGCCGAGAACCAUAUCUUAACAGCGUAUGAUGACGUGUCUACAUUUCACUACGUGGAUGUUGCCGAUGGUGCAUCGUUGACACGUCGUUUUAAACUGUGCUUCAUACUGCCAGUAAACGUGUAGAUUAAACAACAGACGGAGUUUACUUUUCCACGCGGAACCAUACUAAGUGAAUCUUGACUUUCAGUAUUCCUUUAUAUGCAAUUGAAUAGAAACACGUAAAACAGUGAAAGAAAUUCAAAUCGUUGGUUUACACCAAAUUAUAAACUGUGGAACAAAUUUUUCUCGACCAUUUCAUACUUAUUAGCAACCUGUGUCAAGAGAAGAAGUAACAAACAAUGCCUGCUGCACCUAGUUCGACUUCAGUUGGGGCUGCUGGACGAUCGCCCAGUAAGGCGAUAGCACCCAGAGCAGGUGGUGGUGUUACUGUUAGACAAAGGAAAACCACAGUAGCUACUGCAACUAGGAACAGAAAUACAGGAGCUGGCUCUGAUGGUAUGUGGAGGUUCUACACUGACGAAUCCCCUGGCAUCAAAGUAGGACCAGUACCUGUACUCGUUAUGUCUCUCCUGUUCAUCGCAUCUGUCUUUAUGCUUCACAUCUGGGGCAAAUAUACCAGAUCUUAAGAUAAAAAAUAGACAUAAUAACAGGAAUUCAAGGAACGGGAGAAGACUGUGCAGUUCAAUUAGCAAGGAAACCUAAGUUAAGGAUACUCAAAGUGAAAGACCGACUUGCUAUGCUUGUAACAUCGUUUUCUUCUGGAAUCGAAGCACUGUAUACCAUAAGACAUUACAUUUCCAUAAGAUGGAUCUCUGCGAUCUUUUUAUCGAAAAGCGGGACCAAAAUUUGACCCGCUCAUCAUCAACUACGUUAUUAUAAUCAUUUACUUUCACUGAAACGAAUUUUGUAACAUUUAUAAUGAACAUACGACGGACUUAAUCAUAUGCACGCGUGAACGCGUGAUCAAGAUAAGAUAUUCUGGUUAUCGUUUGUAAAGUUACUAUUAUGAUAAUAUAAUAUGUACGAUAUUAAAAUAAAUUAUUAAUCGAAUUGAGGGAAACAGCCAA